AAAAAAAUAGCUUAGUGUGCAACAGUCUCAAUUGUAAAAUCUGGGAUUACAUUGGAGGCAAUUGAAAUGGGUUAUAUUUUGUUCCCCACUAGCCAAAGCCCGAUGAUUUGGCUCCAGUGGUCCUGUAGAGGCUUAAUAAACUCUCACCUGGAUGUCCACCUGAGGAGGCAGCGAGGCAGCCAAAGCAUGGCGAGACCCAGUUCAGAUCUGGCAGCAUUCAGGGAGAUUUUCUCCAAGGCGAAGGAUAUAGCCAUCAUCACCGGAGCAGGGGUGAGUGCAGAGAGCGGAGUCCCAACUUUCAGAGGAGCAGGAGGCUACUGGAGAAAAUGGCAAGCACAGCAACUUGCCACCCCAGAGGCCUUCUCCAGGAAUCCCUCCCGUGUUUGGGAGUUUUACCAUUACCGCCGCGAGGUCAUGCUCACCAAAAAUCCCAACUCUGCCCACCUGGCCAUCGCAGAGUGUGAGGAGCGACUGAGCAAACAAGGACGUCAGGUUACAGUCAUCACUCAAAACAUCGAUGAGCUCCACCGCCGCGCCGGAUCCAAAAACAUGCUGGAAAUUCACGGAAGUCUGUUUAAAACCCGCUGUAUGAGCUGUGGCCAUGAAGCAGCCAAUUACAAGAGCCCCAUCUGUGACGCUCUGGAGGGCAAAGGAGCUCCAGACCCAGAUACAAAUGACGCCCAGAUCCCUGUUCUGCAGCUGCCCAGGUGUGAGCAGAAAAGCUGUCACGGUCUCCUGAGACCAGCUGUGGUUUGGUUUGGAGAGAGUCUGGACUCAGACAUCCUCACCCAGGCAGAGAAAGUGUUGGACAGCUGUGACCUCUGUCUUGUGGUUGGCACUUCGUCCAUUGUGUAUCCAGCGGCCAUGUUUGCUCCUCAAGUGGCAGCCAGAGGUGUCCCUGUGGCCGAAUUCAACAUGGAGGACACACCGGCCACCACGCGCUUCAAGUUCCACUUCCAAGGCCCCUGUGGGACUACGUUACCCCCCGCACUGGGACGCCACGAGACUGAACCAGAAUGAGCCCUGGACGUCAGCUGCACAAAGACCACGACUGUCCAACACUGGAGGACUUUAUUGGUACAAUUACCAAAAAUAAUAGGUUGAAUAUAAUGAAGUGUGGAGACGGUGUUCAUGAAAAAUAAGGCCAACAAAUUCAAAGACGAAAGGGGAAACUGUUCGUUCAAGCUGUCACACAGAUCAAAUAUACAAUGAUAAGAAAGUUGACCAGAUUUUAUUAUUUAUUUUAAUUGUAAACCUUUAAUUUCAAGUUAAUGCAUUUUGUCUUUGUGUUAUCUUACAUCAUUUCUUUUCUUCCUUAGGAGAUAAUGACUUGAUGAUUGAUUGAAGUGAUUUAAUUUCUGCUAAGGAACUUCUUCUUUUUUCAACACUGAAUAUUGAACAUCACACCGGUGCUCUGUGCUCUGCUGCUGCAAAUAGCAAAUUUAAGAGUUAUACGUGUGACAGUUUUCCAUAAGGGAUUACAAGACGCCGCUAUUUAACAUCUUCCAGUCUCGCAUAUUCAAAUCAUGUGGAGAAAUGGCUGUUCAUAUGUGAAACAUAACAGUUAUAUUGAGAAAGCUUGGGAGAGGUAGAACUCUUUUUUUUAGAUGAUUUGUACGUGUUUGUUCAAGGGCGUGACUUUGGAUUCAAUAUUGGGGGGGUUUAAAAUCUUCACUUUUGAACAAAAUUCAACUUUUGCGCAUAUCAAACAAUUAAUUUCCUGCAUUCUGGUGAAUUGUUUUGCAACAAUUUGUGCCUUUUCUGCAUCAAGUUAUGAUUCAAAUGUGGUAUUUAUCUAAAGGAAAUUAUAACAGGUUUUUGUGGUGGUUGCACUGGCCAGUUUUGAUUAUUGAGGGGGUUGUUUCAUGCUGUUUAUGAAAGGCAAUGUUGAAAAAAGCAGUGACACAAAUUAAAUAGCAUUGAGAUUAUUAUUAUUAUUGAUUAACUACAAUCAAAUCCUUUUCUAUUGAAUGAAUCCUGAAUGUCAGACAGUAGGGGGCAGUGUUUAGCUACAGCUGCGUCAGUGACUACACCUCCAGUUGGGGGGGAAAAAACGCCUCCUUCUGAAGGAUCUGUGGGCUCUGCCCGGGAUAUGUGGUGUUGAAUGUAUGGACCGUGAUGAAUUUGUGUAUGAUGCCUUCCAGUGGUGAGUAAGCUCCAGUUAAACCAGCGAAACCAGUGACUGUGCUUUCCCUGAGCCAGUCACAAAGGGAUGUAUGUUAAGGUUUGGACUUAAUUGAAACAGUAUGUUCAUUUGAAAUGAAUAAAUGUAUACUAAACUGAA